AUGUCUUUUGACGACAAAACUUCAACUGAUCGUACUGCCCCAAAUGUUGGAUCGACUCCUACCUUUUCAGGGGAGAAAGAACACGUAUCAUCAGUGGUGAUCGCACAUGGCUCAGUAAGCUCAAUCGACUCAAAAUAUUUGUUUUUCAACGCGUCCUGGCUUCCGACAGAGAGAAGAGAACGAAGGGUGGAGCACGCUCACGCUUUCCAUGGCAAACUUACUCAUUUGGAUAAUUUAGGUGAGUCUCUGGUGUUUGAAUAUGAGGCUAAGGCCACCAAUCCAUAUGUUGUGGUUACUCAUGCAGUUUGCACCCGGUGCCUGAAGUGCUACUCAUAUCACGGGAACGGUGUUAAGCCUUCUAAAAGGAAAGAUGGAAACAUUAGUUCGCAUUUCAAGAAAACGCAUUCAGGAGCUACUUCAAAGGUUUUGACGAAAUCUUCGUCAAGUAAACAAUUGGAAUUGAAUUUUGGUGCAAGAUCCCAGAGAAGUUCUCAUGAGAACCAUGAGGCAGGAAACCAGUAA